AUGGACAAAGCCGCAGUAUUGGCGAAAACCCCCAAUGCCGACGGCACGGUUGCUAUGCCCCGGCUCGGGGAUUUACUCCGGCACCCAGAAGAUCUGGACAAGAUCAGCGGGCUGAAGGCCGAGUACCUGCGCAAGAAGGCAGCUGUUGAUUCACGACUCCGUGAGGGACUUCGAGACCAGCUAGAAGCCGUGCAGCGCAGUAUCGGGGCCUUGACCGAGGGUCAGCGCCAGGUGUCGAAGACGAAAGACGAAUUGGCCGGGAUCGACAAGUUAUGCGCAGAAUCGCAAGAUAGCGUGGAGGACUUUGCGCAAAUUGACAAGUUAGCACGGAUCCAGCGGGAUUUUGAUGCGACGUUGAUGAUGAAGAAGGGCUUGGAGAAUUUCAGUUCGGAUCUCCAGGAGGUCGAAGACCUACUUAAGGAGGAUGAUGAGGAUCUUGAGAACCAGCCGAAUCUAUUGCGGGCCCAUAUGCAUAUUUCGCGAUUACGGGAUUUCAGAGAUGAGGCUAUGGACCAGAUCCGAAAGGCGCAUGAUGCUAGUGCGGAGGGUACCUUGACAGAAUACUUCCAGGGACUGGAUUCUGUUAUUGAUUGGUUUGAUGAUCAUCUUGGGACAGCUUGCAUGAAUCUCAUUCCAUUGGUUCAGGAGGAUAACAAGAGUAUGGUUGUUCGAUUGGCCGUCUUGGUCUUUAACGAGGAGAAGAAUGAUGAUACUGUGCGAGCUUUACAAGAAGCGCAAAAAGACCACAAGGACCUGGCUAGUCGUUUCAAGUCCAUGCAUAUUGGUCCAAAGACGGUGCGCGGGUACAAGGAAAAGCUCCUACAAGCGAUCGAGUUUUAUGCGCGCAACCAAUUUGACCAAACCAAGGAUCAAUUUCUUGGUGACCCAGAUCUUCUCGAAAAAAGUUUCCGGUGGUUCUUCAAUGAUCUCUUCACGGUCAAGCAGGGCAUGCAAAAUCUGGUUCCGAAGAAAUGGAAGAUCUACAAGACCUACACUGAUAUUUACCACCGCAUGAUGCACGACUUCCUUGUUGGUAUGAUUGACGACCCCGAAAUCCCUGCAGAUAAUCUGUUGAAGAUUAUUCACUGGGGCGACAAGUAUUACAAGAAGAUGAAGAAGCUCAAUUGGAUGCCGAAUGAGCUCCAGCCCAACCUCCUCGAUGACAGAGAGCCUGAAUUGAUUCGCCAGUGGCAGAGUGUAAUUAUCAACGCCGUCGAAGAAUGGAUGGAACGUAUCUUCGAGACCGACAAGAGAGGCCUCGUGGAGCGACAACCGGAUGCACUGGAUACCAACGCCGAAGGAGUUUUCCGCACCAAGACACUGGCAGAUAUGUGGCGCAUGCUUCAUGAGCAGGUCGUCGCAGCGGGUGCCUCCGAGCGAGCUGAUGUCGUUGAAGGUGUCAUUGAUGCCAUGUUCCGUUCCCUGAAGGGCCGACAGAGCGCAUGGCAAUGCUUAAUCGACGAAGAAUGCACCAAGGCCCAAGCAGCUGGUCCCGAUCAGAACGAGGGUGUUCAGCUGUUGCAGGAUUGGUUGGUCGGUGUGGCCAGUGAUCAGAUUGCCUGUAUCGACGAUAAUGAAGAGACAGGCCAGAUGGGCUACCUGUCCAAAUUCAAGCGCGAUAUCGAGACACUGGUUACACCCAAGUACAUGGCCACGCGUGCAAACGAGGAGCUGGAUGCCCUGCGCGAUGGCUAUGUCGAUCUGAGCACACACUGCCUGGCGCAGUUUGUGCAGGUAGUGUUCACAGUGGAUCUCGCGACUGUUAUUCCAGAUUUGUUCACCGCAAAGUGGUACGGCGAAUAUGCUAUCAAGCGGAUCACGUCCACUUUCGAAGAUUACAUGACCGACUACACACCCGUAUUACACCCCUCACUAGUCGACAUCCUCGUCGAAGAACUAUCCGACGAGCUGCUAGUCCGGUACCUAUCUUCAGUCCGCAACAAGGGUGUCAAAUUCCGCCGCAACGCCGACCCCUUCACCGACAAGUUCAAAGACGAUGUCCUCACGGUCUUUGCUUUCUUCCAGAAAUACGAGGACUCCUUCGAAGGAACAAUCAAGCAAAAAUGGCGUCUUGUGGACUGGCUGGUCCGCCUGCUCGAAGCCGAAAAGGGCCAAGGAAUUGUCAAUGUCUACGAGUCGUUUAAGCUCGAGUAUUGGGACCUACAGCUCUCCUGGGUGGAGGCUGUCCUGCGUACCCGUGAUGACUUUGAGCGAAGCAUGAUCAGUGGUAUCAAGGCGAAGGCUGCAGAACUGUCUGUUGAAAGAGGCAUGGAGACUAUAAUGGGCCGAUUGAGGUGA